AUGCACAGCAAGCAGUUUAACAUCCUCUGCGUUCAUCUCUUCAAACACAGUCUAUAUGUUCAUCUCUGGAUCGGUCCAUACGCUUGUGCAGAAUGGAAUUACGGUGGCUUCCCUCUUUGGUUACAUUUUAUUCCGGGAAUUAAGUUCAGAACUGAUAAUGAACCAUUCAAGGCAGAAAUGAAACGGUUUACAGCAAAGAUUGUGGAUUUGAUGAAGCAAGAGAAUCUCUAUGCAUCACAAGGAGGACCUAUCAUUUUAUCUCAGAUUGAAAAUGAGUAUGGAAAUAUUGAUAAAAGCUAUGGUCCUGCUGCUAAAACCUACAUCAAUUGGGCAUCAUCGAUGGCUACAUCUCUUGAUACAGGCGUUCCCUGGGUUAUGUGCCAGCAAGCAAAUGCACCUGAUCCAAUUAUUAAUACGUGCAAUGGAUUUUACUGCGAUCAAUUCACGCCAAACUCUAACCAGAAACCAAAAAUGUGGACUGAGAAUUGGACUGGAUGGUUUCUUGCAUUUGGAGGUGCUGUGCCGUACAGACCUGUAGAAGAUCUUGCAUUCGCUGUUGCACGUUUUUUUCAGUGA